UUAACCUGCCGAUAUGAAGACUUCUUUGCCCUGCUGGUUGUGUACAAUGUUAAUGUACAUAAUCACUAUAUCAUUAACAUCAAGUGACACGGGAGGUAAGUACGUUUGCUAGCUAGUACUAAUGUGGAUUUUGCGGUUGUAACGUUACUUUCUUAUACACAGCAUCUAUAGAAUGGAACAGGGCCCGGUUUCCCAAAAGCAUCGGAUAGGAUCCUAUGGCUCUAACGAUAAACUUAGCCUUAAGAUACUUAUUGGAAACCGGGACCAAAUCAAAAGUUUAUUUGUCGUGAACACAGAUUUGCAGGUGUAACAUUUUGAUGUCAUGGAUGGUCAGUUGUUGCUCCCAUAGCUCUGUCUAUUAACUUGAGAGUGGUUACAUUUCUUCAGUCCCCUCCUUCAGUUUCUUACCGAAACAGGGAAUAGGCUUCGUUAUUGUUUCAAUGGCUGAUUGCGGCUUUAAAGAAAUGUCUGCAGGUAACCGUCCAGGAGAGCUAUUAAAGGCCCAGUGCAGUCCAAAAUGUCAUUUUCCUGUGUUUGAUUUCCACACUGAGGUUGGAAUAAUACUGUCAAAUUGUGUAAAUGAUGAUAAUGCCCUUUUAGUGUAAGAGCUGUUUGAAAAGACUGACUGAAAUUUCAGCCUGUUUUGGUGGGAUGGAGUUUUGUCCUUCCAUGGUGACAUCACCAUGCGGUAAAUUAGUUAAUAGACCAAUAAGAAAGAGUUCCAAACCUCUCUGCCAAUAACAGCUAGUUUUCAGUUUCCCCCUCCCCACUCAGACCACUCCCAGACAGUCCUAGAUACAUUCUUGCUUGAGAAAUUGCUCUUUGCUAAGAUUCUAUUUUUGUUUAUUUUUGACCAUUUUAAGUGAAAACAAUCACAGUAAGGUACUUAAUUGUUACCCAGAAAUGAUUUGAUAACGAGCUAAAAACGUCUGCAUUGGACCUUUAAAACGUGGCUCCUGAGGUUCCCUUGUAUAAAGCUCUCACUAAAGAGAGAUCAGCUGUCUGUGGGAAAUGCAGCCUUUUCCGUAUCUGUGAUUGAUUCAAACACCCUCGAUCAACUAAUCGAUAAACCGAUUAUUCUAACUGAUCCCUACUAUUAAUGAGAUGGUUUUAGAAUGGGAGUCACUGUCAACCUGCUCAACAUUAUAUCUUGCUUAGUCUAAUGCUAGUCAGUGUUCAUUGACCAUUUCCUGGUUCAAACUGCCUUAGCUGUUGUGGGAGUCACUUUCAACCUGCUCAACAUUCAGUAGGCCUGUAUCUUGCUUUGUCUCAAAGUAUAUCACUCUGUAAUCUGUUUCUCUCAGGGACAGUUCAGGUUGCUGGUUCUGCUGAGCCCAUUGUGGCCUUAGUUGGCGACGACGUCAUCCUGCCUUGCACCCUGAGACCCACCGUUAGCGCUGUGUAUCAGACAGUAGAAUGGCAGAGACCUGACCUAAAACCAAAAGAGGUGCAUCUUUACAGAGAUGAGAAGGACGACCUUGCGCUCCAGAAUCCAUCAUUCAGGGGAAGGACGUCACUGUUUAAAGAAGAACUAGUGGAAGGCAACGCUAGUUUAAAGCUGACCAGAGUGAAACUCUCUGAUGCUGGAAACUAUACCAGCUACAUUCCACUGCUGGACCACCAGAAAACCACCAUUCAACUCAUUGUUGGUGAGUCAACACACCUGCUGACCACCCAAUCCCCCUUAAGAGACAGAUCACAUGAAAUCAAGGGUGAGUUCAAUGUCAAGUCCAUUGCCUGA